AUGCAAAUCGUCAAGACUGUCGCAAGCUUAGCCUUUCUGGCGGCUGUUACCCAUGCUCUAAACGACCCUUCGAUCCCAAACUGUCUUCAAGGCAGUACCCGAGUUCCCCCAACCCACGAGAGGGCUCAGUACCGUAAAGUCCCAGAUGGGCGUAUAUUGGCCUUCUGCUUCACUAAAGGCGACGGCGCCACAAUCGACAACAACUGGGUCACCGAUCUCGAUGCAAUGCUGCAGCGUCGCGUUGACGGAGGUGCAUGCUGUAUCGAUUGUCUCCCUACAGCAGCCGAGAAUGGUUGCACAGGGAAUUCAAAGAUUUGGAACAUCGAUAACUGCAGCUUGGGAGAUGUGCCUGGUAUUGAUCAGUACACUAAGGAUGCUUUUAUGGAUCUUAUCAUAGGGCUUGCCAACAACGGACAGACAAUCGAAGCCCUCGACAAGACGCUUGGGGGCUUAUAUCCAUAUUUGACAAUCGACAGGGAUGGGUUCCGAGAGCAAGAGUUUGCCAUCAUCGGGGAUGGAGAUACCUGUUGA